UUUUCUAUUGUUUCUUUAUAAUUACAGAUGUUACAUCAUGUCCUCAAUUACACCUCAACCAUCAACUUCUAAACAUGCUGAUGAAUUGAAAUUCUCACAGUCUUCUGAAGAAGCGGGACACAUAAGAAAAAAUAAAAAAAUUGUUAAGUCCUAUACUCAGAAAUAUACGGCUGCAUGGGAACAAGAACCUGAAUUUAAAGGUUGGCCGAGGAGCAGCAAGAAAGGCAAGGCAUGCAAUAAAGAUAUUAUAUGUGGCAAAUCCGAAAUCCAGAACCAUUCUUCAGGAAAGCAACACACCAAAUUGAUCAGUGCUACAAUAAAAAAUGGCAUUCAAGCACAAAACAACAACAAAGGUAUAACAAACGUCUUAACAACAACAAAUCGUACACGAGCGAUACACUUCCAACAGUAG